CGGAAGGUGAAAGUCCUCCGAAGAAGAGGGAAGGAGUGGUGGUGCACAUAUAGAGGGGCGAGAGGGCGCGGCUUGUCCAGACGCUUUCUGUCCCGCCGACGACGAUCAUGUCGCCGAAGUUAAUAUUCCUACUAGGAUCCCUCUGUCUACUUGCCGUUACGGUGAGGGCGCAGGACGACGAUGGUGGAGAUGGAUUGGAAGCAACCGCAGAAGAACUCUGCCAGGACAGACCCGGGGAUGAGUACUUCCGCUUAAACAUCGAAGGAGACUGUCGUGACGUUGUGAGGUGCGACAAAGCCAGUGAAAUUGGAGUAACUAGAUUGGCUACAGUAAGGUGCCCGACGGGUCUUGCCUUCGAUAUCGAGAGGCAAACUUGCGACUGGAAGACCAAUGUGAAGAAUUGCGAUCAGCUCGAGAAGCCUCGCAAGGUCUUGCCUAUUCUGAAGACAGACGAGCCCAUAUGUCCUGAAGGAAAACUUUCCUGCGGAAAUGGCGAGUGCGUCGAUAAGGAACUUUUCUGUAAUGGCAAACCUGACUGCAAGGACGAAUCUGAUGAGAAUGCCUGCACUGUAGAAACCGACCCUAACCGUGCACCAGAUUGCGACCCGUCACAGUGCCAAUUGCCAGACUGUUACUGCUCCGCUGAUGGUACCAGGAUACCUGGCAACAUUGAUGCUCAGCAAGUACCUCAAAUGAUAACGAUCACCUUCAAUGGAGCUGUCAAUGUUGAUAAUAUCGAUCUGUAUGAGGAGAUCUUCAAUGGUCAACGUCAAAAUCCUAACGGCUGCCAGAUUCGUGGUACCUUCUUUGUGUCCCACAAGUACACCAACUACUCAGCGGUUCAGGACCUUCAUAGACGUGGUCAUGAGAUCUCUGUAUUCUCACUGACGCAUAAGGAUGAUCCUCAAUACUGGACCCUGGGAUCUUAUGACGAUUGGCUGGCUGAGAUGGCUGGUGCUCGUUUGAUCAUUGAACGUUUUGCUAACAUCACUGAUGCAUCCAUCCUUGGCGUACGUGCUCCUUAUCUCAGAGUUGGCGGUAACAAGCAAUUCGAAAUGAUGGCUGAUCAGUACUUCGUCUACGAUGCUUCCAUCACUGCUUCUCUUGGUCGUGUUCCUAUUUGGCCAUACACCUUGUACUUCCGCAUGCCUCACAAGUGUAAUGGAAACGGUGGUAACUGUCCAUCCAGGUCUCAUCCUGUGUGGGAGAUGGUUAUGAAUGAACUUGAUCGUCGUGAUGAUCCUACUUUUGAUGAAUCCUUACCUGGUUGUCAUAUGGUUGACUCCUGCUCCAAUAUUCAAAGUGGAGAACAGUUUGGUCGUCUCCUUAGACACAACUUCAAUCGUCAUUUCAAUACCAACAGAGCACCUCUAGGUCUUCACUUCCAUGCUUCCUGGUUGAAGAGUAAAAAGGAGUACAGGGAAGAACUCAUCAAGUUCAUCGAAGAGAUGUUGGCCAGGAGUGAUGUCUACUUCGUUACCAUGAUUCAAGUUAUCAAGUGGAUGCAGACCCCUACUGAGCUGUCGGCUCUCAGGGAUUUCCAAGACUGGAAAGAAACUUGCGAUGAGAAAGGACAACCCUACUGUUCUCUACCUAACGCCUGCCCAUUAACUACCCGGGAACUUCCUGGAGAAACACUUCGUCUCUUUACCUGCAUGGAAUGCCCUAACAACUACCCAUGGCUUCUCGACCCCACCGGCGAUGGAUUCUCUGUCAAGAAAUAAACCAAUGGUCGAGAACGACAUGUCCCCUGCUUAGCCCUUAUAUUCGAAAUGAAUGCGUGACAACCUUGUUACCACCAAAUCGAAUCAAAGGGAAACGAAAAGACCGUGUAUUAAAGAAAAACAUCACUGAAGUAUCGGAGACGACGGUGACGCUUUCUGCUGGACAACGUCAGGCAUUCUCUGUCCCGGAAAUUCCGUCGUUUAUUCGAUUCACAAGCCUAUAGACUCCCGUUGUACAUAUUCACCAACACCCUAUCAAUAAGACGCACAAUGGAGUGUUGCAAAUUCGUUUUAAAUGAUAAAAAAAAACUAGGUCGUACAGAAACGAUUGAUCAUCUAUCGACUUAUGAUAAUGCAAUUGAACGAAACUGGAACGUUGUGCGCUGUACCUAUUUCUACUUAGAAUUUAAGCGAAGUCGUGCGCGUCGAGGUAACUCUUAAAAAUCUUAAGCUGUUUCUCAAUAAAAAGAAAAAAGUUGAAAUACAAACAUAAUCAACAAGA